AUGAGUACUUCCGCUGUGGAGACAUCGUCGGUCUUAUUGGAGUCCCGGGACGUACCGCGAUUGGCGAGCUCUCGACUGUCCCCUCAGAUGGUUCUCCUUUCCCCGGACCUCCAUCAGCUGCCGUCAGGCCCCCUCGGCCUCGAGGACUGGAAACCCCGCCACCAUAAGCGUUCCCUAGACCUCACUCUCGGCGGGGACACCGUGGCAAGGCGCAUCUUCAUCGCCCGCAACCGAAUCGCCGACUACAUCCACCGGUUCUUUGACACCCUCGGUUUCUUCGAGGUCGAGAUACCGAUGACGGGCACGAUCGCUGAUGGUGCGGUUGCGAAGCCGUUCAUGGCGCACCACGACGGCCUCGACUUCGACCUGCGCACGAGAUCGAGAGCAUGUUGCGGAACGAGGGUGGUUGACCUGACGCACAUGGUAUACGCGGACAUGUACGACAUCGUCGAAACCAUCGAGAGCCUCAUCGAAGUGCCUGACAAGCGAGAAGGCGUACGAGCCGGAGACUUGAAGCGGCCGUGGCUGCGAUACGACAUGAGGACGGUGGAGGAGAAGCUCGGGGCGAAAAUUUUGGUGGGAGAGGCGCUGCGUACGGAGGAAGCGAACAAGCUCCUGCGCGAGCACAACAUCGAGUGCAGUGAGCGCCGGACGAACGGGCGCGUGCUUGGCACAAGCUCGUCGGCGAGCUCAUCGAGCUCCUCCGCACCUUCUUCGUCUUCAUCGUCUUGUCUCCCACCGACGGGCGGGUGGGGCAUCAGUAUCAACCGUUUGAUGAAGUUCCUGACGACCGACCUUGCCAACACCAAGGAGGCCCUUCUGUUCCCUGCGAUGAUACCAACACAGACUGCGGCCGACACUGUGGGCCCUGUUGGACCCCCCUGGGCAGGCCUAAACCUCUGUGGCGUAUCCGACGUACUCGUGGACGGCAGAGACACCGCACGGAGGCCCGCAGAAAUCUUUGCGGGCUCUCUUCCCUUCUGCGGCUUGACCGCUGUUUACUCGACCACUUGGCUCAUGGCGCAGCCGCGUCUGGGCGUCGUGCGCCUCGUGCAGCAACGGCCCCGCGACUGUGUGCAGAAAGGCGUACACCUCAUGGACGCACUCUUUGGCUGCCUCGAGGACGGCGUCGAAUGCGAUGACGACGGGAAGCUGGAGGAUGAUGACUGCGAGGUUAUGGAGGAGCAGAGGGCGAAACAGAGGAAGGGCCAGGUCUUUGAAGAUGCGAUUCCGGGCGCGCGGGCUAGAAGGAGGUCGGCACGAAUGGCACCCGCCCCGAUCCUCGUUGCCGUCGGUACAAUUGACAGUACAGGCGCGACCACGUCGCUCUCCACCAUCGAACAACCAGAUCAGAUGCUCAUGUCGAUCGAAGACUUCAAGCCCGAAGAGUAUGGGCUGCUAUCUUACAACUCAUAGAUAUACAGAUGCCAUUACGAAUGUACAUACAUCAAUAAGAAUCCAACAAAGUUCAGUUAGCAAAACAAUAAUUACGAGGGGAUAUCGAGCAGAUAGGAUAGUGUAGCCAGCAUCAUGGAUGGUAUCUAGAUUUCGAAAGGCAAACAAAUCAGUCCCUGUCUUCUCUACUGCGACUCGCUGGCUCGAGAACUCACCAUCCUCAGGCUCAGGCUGUCCCUCCACCCUCUUCAUCUGUGCAUCCUGAUCCUCGCCCUCCCUUGUUCUCUUCGCGCCCUCCUUGGAGACAGCCCUCACAUCCCGGGUCCUCACACCCUUGGCACCACUGAUCUCACUAACCGAAUUCCCGCUCGACGCGCUCGAAACAUUGUCCGCGCGCACGAGCCUCUCGCCUUUCUGCGCCUUCGCCCGCUAGCGCGCGUCCUUCCAGCGCUUGAGCGCUCGUCAAACGCGUUCAACGUCGUGACCCGCCCAAGCGCACCGAGGUUGCGCGGCAACGCGAGGUAUGCGUGCAGCACGCGCAGCAGGUCCGUGCGCGGCCGGUGCGACCCCGAGUCGCUAUCGAUCGCAAACUCGUGCAGCGCCGGGUCGUGCGGCAAGUGUGUCUAGUCGAAGUGCUCGUCUUCGGUCUGGUCGUGUGCGUCGCCGGCGCGGGCGCGGUCGCGAUCGUGGGUAUCGGUGUGCGUAUUCUGCGAUGGCUCGGGCACGCCAAGCGCCGAGCGACGGGUCCUCUGCGGUGUGAUGAUGCCGCAGGGGGCGCACGAAGAGCUCGCUGCGGUACACGACCCCGAUGUCCGAGUGCAUGGUGAGCUCGCCGAGGAACUCCAUGGUCGUCUGGUCUCCAAUUUCCUGGACGUUCAAG